ACCGGAAUACCGGUUUAGGAGGAAAAUUGGUGCGUAAUCGGUUUUGAAAAAUGCAAAACCGGUGCCUACCGGUUCGGUCCUAGAUUUUGUACAAAACCGGACCGAACCGGACCGGUUACACCCCUACAAGUCAUUUCAAUGUCUUCGAAUAAUCUCUCUGGUCCUCUCCCAUCAAAUCUAGGCCUUUUCCUCCCAAAUCUUCAGGUGCUUGAGCUUGGGGUAAAUGAACUCAAUGGAACAAUUCCCAGCUCCAUCUCCAAUGCAUCACAACUCACUGUUCUAGACAUGUCUAUGAACUCAUUAUCUGGCUUCAUUCCAAAUACAAUUGGUAAUUUAGCUCUCCUCCAGUAUCUCAACCUAGAAAUCAAUAAUUUGACUAUUGGAUCUCCAGAAAUGAAUAGCCUUUUCUCUUCUUUGUCAAAUUGCAAAGACCUGGAAGUGUUAUCUUUUGCAGGAAAUCCACUAAAUGCUAUCCUUCCCAAUUCCAUUGGAAAUCUCUCCACUUCUCUUUAGAAGAUUUCAUUGUAUAAUUGCAGUAUCAAGGGCCGCAUUUUCCAAGAUAUUGGCAAUUUAAGCAGCUUGACAAGUUUCUCCUUAGGGAACAAUGAGUUGGUUGGACUGAUUCCAACUGCAUGGGGGAAAUUGGGAAUGCUCCAAGGUUUGUCCCUAGAAAAUAAUAGAUUGCAGGGUCCCAUCCCAUCAAAUCUUUGUCAUUUAAAGAGCUUAUCUAAGUUAUAUUUACGAGGCAAUGAGCUAGUUGGACAAAUUCCUGGAUGCAUAAAUAAUCUGGCUUUGCUAAGAUACCUCUACAUAGGCUCAAACAAAUUAACUUCUAUGGUUCCUUUGGGCUUGUGGAGCUUGACAGAUUUAUUGGUGGCUGACCUAUCAUCAAAUUCUCUAAGUGGCCCCCUCUCAUUAGAGCUUGGAAAUGUGAAGGUACUGAUAGAGUUGGAUUUAUCAAACAAUCAAUUAUCAGGUGAUAUCCCAGUAACAAUUGGUAGUCUCAAAAAUCUGUAUUUUCUCUCCUUAGUAGGAAAUCAAUUAGAAGGUUCAAUUCCUAAAUCAUUUGGUGAUUUGGUAAGCUUGGAGCAGUUGGAUGUUUCCAAUAAUAAUUUAUCUGGAGAGAUUCCCAAAUCCUUAGAAGCACUCAUAUAUCUUAAAUAUCUGAAUGUCUCAUUCAAUAGACUACGAGGAGAAAUUCCUACAAGAGGACCAUUUCCAAACUUCUCGGCUACAUCAUUUAUGUCAAAUGAUGCACUUUGUGGUGCUCCCCAAUUGCAAGUUCUCCCUUGCAAAAAAGAUACUUCUCGAUCAACAAGGUCCAAAAUAAGGCAUAUACUAACAUUUUUACUACCUGCAAUUGGAUUAACAUUAAUACUUGUGGCAUCCCUCGUAUUAAUCUCAAAAAAAUUCCAAAAGAAGUCAACAGGUUUGGUAGACUUGUCUCCUUUAGCACCAUGGAGAAGAGUUUCUCACUAUGAGCUUCUACGAGCAACAGAAUGGUUUAAUCCAAGUAAGUUGAUUGGAGAAGGGAGUUUUGGGUCUGUGUACAAAGCAACAUUCUUGGAUGGGAAGGAUUUUGCAAUAAAAGUUUUGAAUUUGCAAAUAGAAGGGGCAUUUCAUAGCUUUGAUGUAGAGUGUGAGCUACUAAGUAAUAUUCGUCAUCGGAAUCUUGUCAAAAUCAUUAGUGCUUGCAGUAAUAUCGACUUCAAAGCCAUUGUAUUGGAAUACAUGCCUAAUGGGAACUUGGAGACUUGGCUUUAUUCUGGUGACCGCUUUUUGAGUAUGUUACAAAGGCUAAACAUAAUGAUUGAUGUGGCGACAGCACUAGAAUACCUUCAUUUCGGUUACUCAAAAACAAUUGUUCACUGUGAUUUGAAGCCUAACAAUAUAUUGUUGGAUGAAGAAAUGGUUGCACAUGUUGCUGAUUUUGGAAUAUCCAAGCUCUUAGAAGAUGAGGAUCUUAUAAAGCGAACCAUGACCCUUGCUACUAUUGGGUAUAUGGCACCAGAGUAUGGAUUUGAAGGAAUUGUUUCUACAAGAGGAGACGUGUAUAGCUAUGGCAUUUUACUGAUGGAAACUUUCACGAGAAAGAAGCCUACAGAUAACAUAUUUGUUGAAGAGAUGAACUUGAAGCGCUGGGUAGAGGAAUCUCUAGAUGAUCGCUCCAUAGUUGAAAUCAUUGAUGCUAGUUUGCUAGGAGACGAAAGAUAUAAUGAUGCAGCUACGAUGGACAGCGUAUUAUCUAUCAUGGGACUAGCUUUGGACUGUUGCGUAGAUUCACCUGAAGAGAGGAUCAAUACAAGAAGUAUUCCAAUAGCACUCAACAAGAUCAAAUCCAAGUUUUUACAAGAUUUUCAAAGAACCUGAUCAUUUUAGAUAUAUGUUGAUCUUCUUAAUUUGUCUGCGACUCUUCUUUAGUUAAUGUUUGUUCAUUUCCAAAUAUUACAACGGUGACUCCCAUCUAAGAUA